AUGGACAGCGGAAUCAACAACAUCUCUUCAAACCUGGAAGUUUGCGGGGACUAUAGGUUAAAUCUGUCGAGGCUCGACGGUGCGGCCAGCGGCGGCCAGCACGAUGCAGGUCAAGUUACCUACGUACCCACACAUACUCGUACGCUUCUGGAAUACAACUCGGCCGCCCUCAAAGACACUCUGAGCCUGCGGCCUCCACUGCGCCGCCAUGCUGAUGCCCCUCAGCUGACUGAGCCUCGGGCGAGCCUCUGCUCUGUCUCGCACUCGCUCAUGCUUGUGAGCAUUGUGGAGAUCGAGAUCCUGCUCAGCUUCUCGUCGCUUUCUUUUGCAUCCGCCGCAGCCCGCUCGCUACCCAGCUACCUCUGCUGUGCCACGCGAGCGACUCUCGUCCACGAUCGCAGACCACCCCGGCCCAUACGUGCCAAAAGACUCACCAACUGA